AUGUUGGGUAAUUUCGGGUCGGGCGGACAACCUUCCCUUCCUCCCUCGCACCCGUAUCCGUAGCGGGAACGCAGAGACCGUACGAGCAGCUUUAGCUUACGAUCAUUCACGGCGGCAUUGAUCGCCUGGACGGCGCGACACGCCACCUGCGACCGGCUCAACAUGGCUGAAGCGACCAAGAACAAUACGAUCGCUGCGCAGGCAUCCCCGUCGAAGCACGCGCCCAAAAAACGGCUCGCCGCCAGACCAGCUCGGAAAACAAACGGAGGGCGACGGCCAGACCUCGAACUCGCUCGGAACGCCAAGCCGUCCAAGCAAUGUCAAGCUGUUCUGUUCAAUCCAGAGCUGCUUCAGAGGAUUGUUCACUUCUGCGGUCGCAGAACACAACAUUCCCUUGCCGCGGCCAACGAGGUUCUCUUCAAUAUGGUGGGAAAACUGCUGUACACGACUCUUGCCAUGGGAUCGGACCAUUAUUCGGCCAGCGUUGUUUUCGAUGGACUCGACGAGAGACGGGACGAGGAAGUCUGCGAUGCUGGAAUGAUCAGUAACGGGAAGAUGUCGAGACCAAUUGCGAUCAGCUUCAAGACCGCCUCGGACUAUCUCAAGGAAGGCCUCGACGAUGAGCUUGACGACGAGUGUCUCGCCCAGCUCCGGCGCAGUCAGGCUAGGAUCGGCAGCAACGUGGACGAGGAGGCCGAGUAUCGUGAUGCUGGGAAAUCGUAUUACGGGCGACCCAUCUGGAAGAUCACUUAG